GAAAACCCCAAACAAAAAAAAAAGUGAGUUGGAGAGAGAAAUGGAUGGAAAGCUAUGAAUUAAUGAAGAAUAACAGCGACGACGACGACGACGACCACAAUUCUACCCAAAAAGCCGGCCUGAGAGUUGCUGUAGCUAGGGGGGAAAAGCUCGCUCCGGCUACUAAUUCCAAGGCUAAGGCUGCAGCUAAUGACUCCUCUAAAAGCAGAGAAGAAGGCGAACUCUCUUCCUCUGAUGAUGACGACGAUGACUUCCAUGCUACUGCAUCUACAUCUCAUCUUGCUGGAUGUGAUACUGCUCAGGCGGAUCAGCCAGAUUCUGCUGAAGCUUCUUCAGUAGAUAAGGUCAUUCAGGAUGCAGAGAGGGAACAGCAUGAUCCUGCCAUCAAGUCUGCAAGCAUGGUUGGUCUAUCUUCUAGAGCUUCUCAGCGGUCAGACCAUCUCAAGAGUUCUGAGAAGAAUCGAGGACCAUUUGUGCCAUUUGUCAUAAGUUUUUCAGAUGAUGACAGUGGCAGUGAUUCUGAUGAUAGCAGGCGUAAUACUCUGGCAACUAAAGACCAAACACAGGGAGUAGAUAGAAGUAGCAGACCACCUGUAUCUUCUCUCCAAAGGUCGCCGAAGUUGCUUCAAAAUAAAAAUAAGAAAGCUAGAUUAGUCAACAGAGAAGCCUUUCCUAGUCGCCCAUUUGUCAAUGGAGCAACUUCAUGGAAUUGUAGACAAAUACCUAGCUCUAGAAAUUUCAGUACUGUACAGAAAGGGGUAGCCGGUGAUCAUGGGUCUUUGCAGAAAUCAAUUGUACAUGUUAAUACUAACAAAAGACAACUGCAAGACCUAAGACAGCUAAUUGCAAUCCGAGAAAGUCAGUUAAAGCUCAAGUCAACCCAGCAAACUAAAAAUUCAGUUGGUGGAUCAGGUAGUGAUGGUAAAUUUAAAAACCCUGGCAAUCCUGGGAACAGGGUUCGCAAAGACUCAGGUUUUGACUUGCGCGGUGAGUUGAACAAAGCUGACAAGAAGCGCCUAAAAACUGGAAAACCACAGUGUAGCCAGCUAGAUUUAGAUAAUAAUCUUCAUUCUCUGCAGCCGAUUUUAACAUCAGGAAAGUCUAGGGUGGAUAAUAGUGGUAAAGAGAGUGUAGAUGAUCAUGAUCAUCGUAGCAAAAAACUUUCCUUGGGUACAUCGCUUUCUGGAGUGCAGAAACAGUCAGAGGCGAGGGACUCUCUUUCAUUAGAAAAUCCUCUUAAUACUGCUAUUGCGGGUAAUUGUACUGUUGCUAAUAACAUACAGUGUGCCAGGAAUCCUAAACAAGGCGAUCCUGUAAUUUGGUUGAAACAAUCUGGGCAAAUAGGAAAAAGGGCGACUGGUGAUUUUCCAAAUAGAUCAUUGGAUCCCGAGGAGUAUGCUCGUCAUGAUGUUCAAGUGUCCAUCCAGAACAAUGUUACAUCUGGCACUAAUUUAACAGAAAGGUGUGAUAGCGAUCAAGCAAAAUCUAGUGACCAAGUGAGCAAAUUAAAAUCAGAUGACAAAGUUCAGGCAUCUAGUCUGCAUCUUGCUGAUGGUAACUUACAGAAGGCAAGUCUGAGUAAUCCAAGUUUGUUGAAUGGUUUGGACAAGUUAAACAUGAUGGGGAAUAACAUGGAUUUGCAGUCACUGCUGGAGUAUGAGGAGUUGCAAGAUAAGGAAAUAGAGGAUGCACAAGAGCAUCGGCGCAGAUGUGAAAUAGAAGAAAGAAAUGCACUUAUGGCUUAUCGGAAGGCCCAGAGAGCCUUGAUUGAAGCUAAUGCGAGAUGCUCUCAACUCUACAGUAAAAGGGAAUUAUACUCGGCACAGCUUCGAUCUCUCAUGAUGGAGAACCCAAAUUUGGUUGUCUCCCUAAGACAGCAUGAUCAGGUAGAAGCCCAAUUGGAUUCUUUUAAUUAUGUUUCUGAUGUUAAUGAGCAUCAAAUACCCGCAUCCAGCCAUCAAGUGCACACUGGAUCUGAUAUUAAUGGCAUACGCGGUAAUAAUAGUAAUGUACCUCCUGCAAACGAUCACUAUCAGAACCCAUCUAAUAUGCAUGUGAGUGGGCAGAACUUGGUAUCUGAUCCUUGCUCCAAGCGUGAGGGAAGUCCUUCGGAGGGUCACAAGCAACCUGUGUCAAAUGGUGUCUGCUCCCCUUCUGGUGAUUUAAGUCAGUCAUCUUAUCAGGAAGGUGAGAUAUUUGAAUUUAACCAUAAAUCUGCUCAAGAAAAUAUAGAAUCUGAAAGAACAUCAGAAUUCAACAAAGAUAGGGAAAAGGACAUCUAUGAGGAGUCUGAAAGACAACCGCCAUUUGAUAGUUCUCAAGACUGUUUUCUUCUUGAAGCGUCAUUAAGGUCACAGCUCUUUGAAAAGCUAAAGACAAAAAAAUUGCCAAAAAAGGGGACAACCCAGAGCACGGAAGAUUUAGUUGAAAGAAAUGAUGAAAAUGAUGACAGUAGACAGAUGAUGGAGACUGAUACUGCAGAUGUACCAUUGUCUGAGGCAGAGAAUGGCAAACAUUCAGAUUAUGAAGAUUAUAGCAAGGAAGAAAGAUGUCCUGAACUACCAGUCCAGAUUAACAACCAGUUUGAUAUUCUGCAUUCAGAGCAUGCAUCUUCCUCCCAAGAUGUUUGUAUGGGUAGUUGUAUUUCUCUGGGAAGUCAAGAAUUUAAAACCUCUGGCACUUUUCUCUUGCCGUCAAUGAAGUGUGCAUUUAGUGCCCUGAAGUUCAUAGAACUUUGCAGUGUGCUAGAGUCCAAUAAUGCAAGUACAGGUAUGCUCAUAUCCGAUGUUGAUGAGGAGAACGAGGAUAACCGGGUCACUUGUAAAAGCAAGCCUAGUACAUCAAACUUGGAUUUGCCUGAAACUUCAAUCAACUUAUUUGUUGGAAAAAGUGGGUAUUACUCCUGCAAUCUAGCUAUUGACCCAUUCUGGCCACUUUGUAUGUAUGAACUCCGAGGAAGAUGCAACAACAGUGAGUGUUCUUGGCAGCAUGUUAGAGACUACUGCUGCGACAACAUGAAACAUGAUAGUACUGAUUAUUCUGUUGUUCAGGUCAGAAGACAAUCACCCAGGGAACAAUUUGAUGGUGCUAUGGUGCGUAGGAAGUCUCUGAAUCAUGUUGAUUUAGCUGCCCCUACUUAUGUUGUCAGCUUAGACAUUCUGAGACCUGAUUCACAAUCAUUUAUAUCUACUUCAUCUCAAGGUUAUGGACAAUGCUGGGGGAAGUGUUUCAGUGCUUUCUUGGUUUUGUCUAGUUUGUGUCCGAUGGUUUCACAAUCAAAUGAGCCAUUUUUGCAUGGCACUCAAGCUCGUAUAGAGGUCCACUGUAGCUGGAAUAGACAGACAUCUUAUUUUAACAACAGAAAUGGGACACUGGGUCAAAUUGAUCAAUGUGUCGUUGAUGCUGACCAAUCCCUGGAAAUAGCUAUCCUUAAUUUCAAUCAGGAGGCUGACAAGUAUAAAGCAAGGAUGCAGGCUCUUAAAGUUCUUGCUCAAGCCAUUGAGGACAAUCCCACAUCUGCAGUUCUUUGGAUAGUUUACUUGCAAAUUUUCUACAGUAAUCAGAAGGCAAUUGUAAAGGAUGACUUGUUCCGAUAUGCGGUUGAAUACAACAAAGAAUCUUAUGAACUCUGGCUUUUAUACAUUAACAGUCGUGUACAGCUCGAUGAUCGGCUGGCUGCAUAUGAUAUUGCACUAUUGGCUCUUUCUCACCAUACAUCUACUUCUGAUGGAGAUGCCAUGCGUGCAAGCCAUUGCACUUUGGAUAUAUUUCUGCAGAUGAUGAAUUUUUUGUGCAUGUCUGGCAGUGCUGGUAUGGCCCUUGAGAAGAUCGCUGGGCUCUUUUGGUCCUCUAAGAAAUCUGACAAUAACCUUCAACUUUCUCUUCCUGAUAUUGUUACUUGCCUGACCAUUUGUGACAAAUUCAUCUUCUGGAUCUGUUGUGUGUAUAUACUUCUAUAUAAGAAAUUGCCUGAUGCUGUGGUACAGAAAUUUGAAUGUAGGAAAGAAUGUUCUGCUAUAGAGUGGCCUUCGAUUUCUUUAAGAUCUGAUGAGAAGCAACAAGCUGCUUCACUCUUGGAAUUAGCUGUUGAUUCACUAGCAUUGUACAUGGAUCAUGAAUCACUUGAAAAUGAAACAACUCUAAGGGCUGCACACCUGUUUGCUCUCAACCAUGUUAGAUGUGUAUCGGUUCUGGAGGGCCUCGAAUGCAGUAGAAAUUUGCUUGGAAAAUAUAUCAAGUUGUAUCCGUCAUGUUUAGAACUUGUUUUGAUGUCAGCUUGGGCUGAAUAUGACUUGGGGGGCUCCAAUUUUAAUGGAUUUGAGGAAGCUCUUAGAAACUGGCCGGAUGAAGUUCCUGGCAUUCAUUGUAUUUGGAAUCAAUAUGUUGGAUGUGUCUUCCAGAGUGGGAAAUUUGAUUUUGUGAAGGACUUAAUGGACCAAUGGUUUCAUUCUGUUCUGGAGGCAAGAUAUUCUGAUUGUGGAGUUUUGCAAGCUAAAGAUGAGAAGUCAGAUAGUUCACUGAUAUCAAUUUCAGUGUCAGAUCUCCAUGCUUGGUUUUUUAGUUGUGGUCAGAAUGACACUGUGUUCGGGAUGCUCAAUCUUUCAUUGUAUAAAUUACUGCAGAACAAUCAAUCCGAAGCUCAAGCUGCAUUAGAUCUGGCACUGAAGGCAGCUACCGCUGAUAAUUACCAGCAUUGUUUGAGAGAACUUGUCCCGUUUUUGCUUAUAGAUAGUAUCAGAGAUAAGGGGGUGGUUCAUCUCAAAGGCAUAUUGAACAUUCUGAAUGUUCAUCUGGUUGAUGUUCGAGCUUCACUUGGCGCAGAACCACUGUCGCGAGAUUUCAUUCAAAAAAUCAAGAAGCCUGUUGCCCGACAGCUUGUCAGCAAGUUGUUGAGUCCAGCUUCAGCUGACUUUUCUUUGAUGAGCUUGGUUCUUGAAGUAUGGUACGGUCUUACUCUGUUACCCCGUGUUUGUGAUAAAGUGACGGAUUUGGUGGACUUUGUGGAAGCCCUGAUGGAGAUUCUGCCUUCUAAUUAUUUGCUUGCAUUUUCUGUCUGCAAAAAGCUUAGUUCCAAUGCCACAAAGUGCUCUGCCAGUUUAUCUUUCUGGGCAAGUUCACUCUUGGUAAAUGCACUUUUUCAUGCUGUUCCUAUAGCACCAGAAUAUGCAUGGGUGGAAGCAGCAGAUGUUUUGCAUGAUUUGACGGACAUUAAGUGUAUACAGGAGAGUUUUCACAAGAAAGCUGUAUCCGUAUAUCCGUUUUCCAUCAAACUGUGGAAAUCUUAUCUCCGUUUAUGCGAGACUGAAGGGAAUGUGGAAUCUGUUAAAAAAGCUGCCAAAGAAAAAGGAAUCGAGCUGGACUAACAAUAUGUUCAUGAAAGAAUGUCAGGUUGGUUGCUUUGGCAAUCAGCUGAAGCAAAUUUUGGGGAAACUUGUAUCUGUUACAUUUAGGCAAACUUGCUAGAUGAUGAUUGAGUGAACAUAGUUGUGUAAAUACUUGAACCGUCAGUAUAUGUAACAUGUCGGUUUACAGGAUAGUCGCCUGGUGCUCUGGAACUCAUUCCUGUGCAUCCAUAGUAGUUCUGUCUUCUCUUUUGUGAACGAGCUAGACUGGAUCAUAUGCAGUUACCCAGUUUAGUUCUCAUAACCAGUGUAUCUUCGCAUAAGAGUUUUGAGUUAUAAAUAUCCAGUCAUUUAUAGUU